AUGGAUCGACUAAAGAAGCAGCGUACACCCAUUCGAGCCAUGAUGACUAGGACGGUCAACGAGCUGGAUGAGGAAAUGACGAAAGACGAUAAAGAUAAGGACGUCCUGAUUGUGAAGUUGAAGAAGUUGAUCGAGCUUACCGACACCGUGGUGGAUUUGGAUAAGCAAGUUUUGGAUGCAAUUUUGGACAAUGAAAACCUCACUGAAGAAGAUUAUUUAGAAGAAUCAAGAUCAAUUGAAGGAUACAAUGAUAAGUGUAGAUUUGUGCGCCACAAAGUUGAAAAGUUCCUUGGUCCAGAACGAUCAGCAAGCCAGACAAAUAGUUCUUACAGCACUGCUAGUGGAGGACUUCUUAAGAAGAAUUAUAAGCUACCAAAGAUCGAGUUAAUGAAGUUUGACGGGGAGAUCAAGAACUGGCUGGAGUGGUGGGCGCAAUUUAAGAAGAUUGAUGAAGAUGAAGAUUUACAUGUGACGGACAAGUUCCAUUAUUUAGUGCAGAGUAUGGUCAGCGGGUCAAAGGCCGCGGAUCUUAUCAGAAGCUAUCCGAAGACGGAUGCAAAUUAUCCGAAAGCUAUUGGAGCAUUAAAGGAAAGGUACGGGAAAGAUGACAUCCUUGUUGACCUGUAUACAAGAGAGCUGGCACAGUUCUUGUUCGAAAAAGAGAAGUUAUCAUUGGAGAAGUUUUACGAUCGUCUUCAAACGCAGCUGCAGGCGUUGGAGUCGUUGGGACAGGAAGAUGGUGCGAAAGUUAAUCCACCAAAGUCAAGACUCGACUAUUUAAUGCAGUUCCUCCGACAGGAAGUGGAACGAGAAGCAAAGCUGAAGAUGUUUAUUGGAGGUGAUUCUUCUGGCAAGUCCAAGAAAGAAAAAUAUGAAAAUCAUGGAAAGAAGAAAGAUUCAAUCCCAACCGCAGCAGGAUUGUUCGUGGCGCAGAGCAGCAAUUGCGUGUUUUGCUCCAAAUCCAACCAUCCAAGUACCGAGUGUUAUCGAGCGGAUAGGAUGAGUUGGUCAGAGAAGAGUGAUCUGAUAAGAAGCAAGAAUUUGUGUUAUCGGUGUCUGAAAUUUGGACAUCGUAAAUCAGACUGUAAAGUUAAGUUGAAAUGUUCAUCUUGCGGCGAGCCCCAUGCAAGAUCAAUGUGUGCAAGACUUCCGUCAAAUCAAAGGAACAAUACCGGAAGAGAAGAGGUACACAGUGAACUCCCAGUGACAGCAGCAAAUGCCAACCACUCAUGCAGCAAAGAUGUACUGAUGAAGACGUUGUUGGUGAAGAUUGCUGGUCCUAAAGGAACAAGAAUAGUGAGGUUGCUGUUCGACGAGGGAAGCCAGCAGAGCAGCGGUGGUCAGAGGACGAUCUCUGCAAUCGGAAGUCCACUCGUGGGAGAAGAAUGGACUCGUAACGUUCUGUUUGGUGGAAUUUUGACGGAGCCGAGGAAAAUUAAGAAAUUUAAAGUGCAAGUUCAAAGCCUCGAUGGGAGAUUCAAGAGAGACAUUAUUUUUAGGGAGUCCCCAACUAUUUGUGGAGACAUUCAAAGAAUUCCGGCCGGUCCGUGGAUGAAUGAGUUGGAGAAGAGGAAGAUUUUUCUGUCAGACUUUGAGAUGAGCCAUGUGGACCACCCGGACAUCGAGUUAUUAAUCGGAAGUGAUUAUUGGGGACAAUUUGUGUGUGGCAAACCAUUGAUGUUAUCAUGUGGUCUUGUCGCAGUGGAGACUGUUUUUGGAUGGACCCUGAGUGGACCUGUCCCAGGAAAGGAAGUUAGCAUGGGAGUAAUGUCAAUUCAUCACUCAUUAUUUAAUGCAGAAGCAUAUGUUCAGGAUUUAUGGAAGCUCAAGACUCUGGGAAUCAAUGAUCCUACCGAGCAUAGAACCAAGAAUGAAAAGGAAGAAGAAGCAAGAAAGCAUUUUUUGAGGACAGUUUCAAGAACUCAAGAAGGAAGACACGCCGUGGCGCUUCCCUGGGUUGAUGAAGAAAGGACCAUUCCCGACAACAAGGUCGUCGCGGAGAAGAGGUUAAUUUCCACUACGACAAAAUUACGAGAGUCAGGAAAUUAUGAACUUUAUGAUAAAGUAUUUCAAGAUUGGGAGAAGGAAGGAUUAAUUGAAGAAGUAGUUGGAGGCGUGGACAGGCCUUGUCAUUACCUGCCACAUCGUCCAGUGUACAAAUUAGAGAGUAAGACAACUCCAGUUCGUCCCGUUUACGUUCCUAAAAUUGGUGUCAUUUCUGACAUUAGAAAAGCAUUUCAAAUGAUAGAAGUAGCGAAGCCGGAUCAAGAUUUCCAGCGUUUCCUCUGGUGGGAUAAUAAAGAGAAUCCAAGAAUGAAGAUUUAUCGCCACAAGCGAGUUGUUUUUGGGGUCAAGUGCAGCCCAUUCUUACUCGGAGCUGUUAUCGAGUACCAUUUGAGCCAGGUUACUGGAGAAGAAAAGGAGUAUGCAAUUAAACUGCUGCGUUCUCUUUAUGUUGACAAUUGUGUCACAUCAGUUGAUACGGAAGAAGAAUAUGAAAAGUUCAAGAGUUUAGCAGUCAAGAUGAUGUGCGACGCCAGGAUGGAGCUUCGUCAAUGGGAACGUUCCUCCUCUGGGGCCGCUGGAAUCAGUUUCGAGCAGUUUGACAAGGAUGAGAAUAGUCAAGAGACAACUGUAGUGCUCGGACUGAACUGGGACAAGAAGAAGGAUGAGUUAUCAGUUUCCGUCCCGAAAGAAGAACAGAUUGAAAAUAUUAGCAAGAGAGUGAUGUUGUCAAAAGUGCAACAAUUUUUUGACCCGAUGGGAUAUUUGAGUCCAACCACUAUCAUCCCGAAGUUGUUAUUACAAAAGACCUGGACGGAGAAGAAUUCAUGGGAUGAAGAGUUGGAUUCACCAAUUAAGAAAGAAUUUGAAGAUUGGUGGAAUCAGGCUCAGCUAUUAAAAGAAAUGAAAAUUCCGAGGUGGGCGUUUUGCUUAAGUUAUGAAAGCAAUCGCCAGUUUCAUGUAUUUUGUGACGCAAGUCAACAUGCGUAUGCCGCCGCCGUUUUUGUACGAGUUGAAGAUAAUGAACAAGUUUCAGUCCAAUUGUUACAAGCUAAGGCGAGAGUUGCCCCCAUGAAGAAGGUAACAAUUCCGAGACUGGAGCUAUUAGGAUAUACUAUUGCUGCCAGACUUUCGAAAUCAGUGAAGGAGGCCUUGUCCGCCGAGACCCCAACUUUUUACUGGAGCGACUCGACGACAGCGCUGGCUUGGAUAAAGCGCAAUGAUGAAUGGGGAACAUUUGUGGGAAACCGAGUUAAGGAAAUAUGCUCCCUCAGUAAUUCCAUGGAAUGGAACCAUGUGCCGGGCGUCCUCAACCCAGCCGACCUGCCUUCAAGAGGAUGCAGUCCUUCUCAUCUCAUCAAUUCGAAGUGGUGGGAGGGCCCGGAUUGGCUAAAGAAACCGAAAUCGGAAUGGCCAUCAAGUAAAGCUGAAGCGGACGAUGAAGAAGUUCGUGCCGAGAUGAAAAAAGUGUCAAAAGUGUCACUUAUUGCGACGUUGCCAUCUACUCCCUGA